AUGGUCAAUCUUCGUACUGCCGUUGCUGCUAUCGUUGCUGUGAACAGCACAAUUUCGGGCUUUGUGCGCUUCUCUCAAUGCGAUGGUGAGCGUACCAAGGUCCACUUUGAAUUGGAUGGUCUCGAGCCUGGAACUGAACAUGGUGUCCACGUUCACGAGUUUGGUGAUAUGUCUGAUGGUUGCACUUCCAUGGGUGCUCACUACAAUCCUUUCAAUGUUACCCAUGGUGGUCCUUUCGACAAGGUGCGCCAUCAAGGUGACUUUGGCAACGUCAAGGCCGAUGAAAAUGGUCAUGUCAGCUUCGAUUUGACAGACCCAGUCGCCACUUUGCAUGGCCCACGUUCCAUCCUUGGUCGUGGCAUUGUUGUUCAUGCUGAUAGAGAUGACCUUGGUCGUGGUAACUUUGAAGAUUCCAAAACCACUGGCCAUGCAGGUGCACGUCUCGGAUGUGGCAUUAUUGCUGUCACAGAGAACAACCAAGAGUAA